GCGAACGCACAGCGACAUGUCCAAGUGCGCCAAGGUCCGUCACCAGAGCAUGAAGAAGCACACUAUUCGGGAGGCGUUGCUCUUCUACUGGCUGGUCGGGAUACCUGUCGCCUCCAGCGCUUAUGCCGCCCAGCACCCCGGAAGGUACCUAGAAGGCCCCUUCCUGGGUCUCACACUGCUGGUGCUGAGCACUGCGCCAGGACCGGCGUGGCGCCGCUGCUGGUCCCUUCGCUUGCUGUGCUGGCGGAACCUCUGCUCUCGCAUGCCGUGGGACAUCAUCCUGAUGCUCGGGUCCGUCAUGGCGCUCAGCAGGACGGUGGAGAAGUACCGACUGGUGGAGGUUGGUCUGGCGCAGCUGGAUGACCACUUCUGGGCGCAGCGGUCGGCUAAGUCCAGCCAGUUCAUCCUGGUCAGCGUGGCGGCUGUGCUCUCAGAAGUCGUGGUCGGCGACUCUCUAGCAAGAUCUAUGGCGACCACGGUGGUUCGGGUGGCGGUGGUAACGGAGACCCCGGUAUCGUUCUACGUGGUACCGGUGAGCAUGCUGGCCUCCAUCAACAUCAUGCUGCCCGUAUCGCUCCCGGUGCUGAUGAUGCGCGAAUACUUGCAAGCCAAGGGCACGCAGAUGCUGGCCUACGGCGUUCUGCUCAAAUGUGCCGCCGUUGUCGUCAUCUCCAUCUCCAUGAACACCAUCGGCAUCUUCAUGUUCCAAGGCGACCAGCCACCCUUGGCGCAAGCCUUCUACGUUAUCCGUAAUGCCACCGACGCUGACAGGGCAACCCUGUGAUACCCCGUUGUGCGAUUUGUAUAACAUCCACUGUUCGCGUUUUUAUCUACUCUUUGUGAUUAACUGUUCGUAUUGAACGCUUUCUUUCAUUGGUGCGAGAUGUGUCGCCUUCGCAAUGAGUUCACUAACGCGGUACAAUUUGUAUUCACGUGCGCCCUUUCUUUAUUUGUUUAUUGUUGAUCGAAUGCACGAGAGUAAGGUAGGCUUCAGGUGUGCCGCACUGGGGCCGCAGUUCUUGUCCCUCUCCUUGUUUCUUUAGGGUCCACAAGCUGCAAAUUUACUUGGUUUUCUGUGUGCUUGAACUAUGCUGUGCCAUAUUAUGCAGCAAAUGAAAUGUGCUCGCCGAUUGUGAAAGCAGUAGUCUGAUAACCUAUUGCGUCAUUCCCCGUGAUUCUACAAUACGGCAAGCCUAUUCCAUUCCUGUUGUAAAGCCAAAUGCUCGAAUCGUUACCGAAACUUCGUUUUCUGUAAAAGUUGCAAAGAAGACUCAAAGUGCUUAGCCAAGUGUCAAAUACCGUCCGGUCAGUGGUUCUGGAACCCGUGUUGCUGCUUCAAGAUUUGCAUCGGUGUGAAACUGCUCUGAAAUCAAUUCGGUUACUCAAGUGCACGCGUUAAGGUUACGCACGCUUUGAUAUUUGUUGGUCUAGUCUACGCGCUUGCAAUAAUUGAUUUCCUUUCGUUUUACCCAUAUGCGUAUACCAGAAAUGGUACGUUGACUGGCUGACAAAAUGAAUUGCGUUCUUGAAUGAAAAGCAUGGUGCCAUGUCGAAUAGUUUUCAAGCAAAUUAUAGGCAUGCAUCUUAAGCAAACCUUAGCAUCGUCUCGGUAGAUGCUAAGCAACUGUGGUAACCGUUACAACUUCCAACGCAAUGCAAAGACAAUGAAUGGCGCAGAUAUACAGAGACAAUUGGCGGACGUGAGUCCGUGCAUGCAGGUUUAAUUGGCGAGAAUACGUCUUGGCUGACGUACGUGUGCGCCUGUUCCUGUUCACUGUAAGACCGGGUGUAAAGGUGAUUGUGCGCAUUGUUGGCCAAAACGAAACUAUACAGCUUCGCCUGGACCAUACAAGAGCAAUACAGACUCGCAAUGGUGCAGCGCUGCAUAAAAGGAAUUACGACGCUCAGCGAAGAAUUCAUUUUAUAGUAUUUCUGUGCAAUUGCGCGCCAUGUCAAUCCAUACAAUGUAUCCAAGCACGACAAAAAUAGAGCACGUUGAAUAAAAUGAACCGAGUGUGCGUAAAGCGACU